CAGUGGAAGGAAACGUUUCGGUUUAACAACGGAAAGAUGCACUUAUGGUCUAUCAGAUAUGUUAUGUAACCUUACAUGUAGAAGUGCUUGUGGUAUAGGUGAUAUCAUUACAUGAAUCAUUGGUACAUAGUUGAAAUCUAUCCAAUAUGUCUUGGUCGCAGGUAAAUAGUAGUGAAAUAAGCAGCACCAAUUCUACCAUAAACAUCACGAAUUCAGAAGAACUGUUACGGACAUUGAACGAUAAACUUGCCUUACGAUAUCUUCCGGUCAUCAUCUACAUGUUCUUACUGAUAUUUACUGGAUUAUUUGGGAAUAUUCUCGUCAUUAUUGUGUAUGUUCGAAAGAGAAUAAAUUCGUCACUCCAUUACUUUAUAAUUAACCUAGCAGUGCUUGAUCUUUUGACGGUGGUCAUCGGAAUGCCGACGGAGAUCGCCGAUCUCCGAUACUCGAUAAUGUUUUACGCACCGGCUGCUUGCAAGGCACUACGAACAGUAGAAUCGUUGUCAACAAUGGGUUCAAUAGUCACGUUAAUGGCAGUCGCUAUAGAUAGAUACAACCGGAUAUGUAAAUACGGUAAACAAAUGACAACAGAGAAGGCAAAACGAAUUUGCAUUAUAGCUAUUGUAAUAGGAAUUGUGACAUGUUGGCCGGCAGGCAUUGUUUUUGGAAAGAAAACUAAAGAUGUUGGAAUUCCUGGUAUUUCUGGGGUGGAUUGUUCUACGGACGAUUCCAUGAAGGAAAACAAAAGAAGAAAGGAAAUAUAUCAGAAAUUCUCUACCGAAAGAAAACAAAGGAACCAACGUCUCUCUCAGGGGAAACUUCUUUCUCGGAUAUUGAAAAGGGCCAAACUAAUGACAAAGACAAACAAAAACAUAAACAUCAAGCAAGCUGUGUUCAUCAAAAGUUAGAAGAGAAGAAAUCACCACACAAAAUACAGGCAUCUAAAACUACUUUGAUGCUAGGGAUUGUAACCGUGGUAUUUGUGCUCAGCUUUCUUCCAUUUCUAACAGUAAUGGUUAUAAGAAAUAUAGUGAAAAAUUUCGAGGAAAUGUUGUCUG